AUGUACCUCCCGGCGGCCGGGGCCCCGGGGCCGGUCCUGCUCCAGCACACCGACCAGUGGGUGGCCCUGCUGGAGUCGCCGACCGAGCACCCGCUGCCCGGGUCGCACAACACCCUGCUGGCCGCGGUGGCCGGCUCCCCGGGGCAGGUGGACCUGCUGGGCAUCGUCGGCCAGCCGGGCCAGGCCCCGCACGCGGUCUUCCUGGCCACCCUGGAGGCCGGGGCCCUGCGCCCGGUGGCCGGGGCCCUGCCCCCGCUGAGCGCCGGCAUCCUCGCGGCCCCCGGGCCCGGGCGGACCAUCUACCUGUCCGGCGACUCGACGCUCUACCAUGUGGCCUUCCUCGGGGCCGGGUCGGCCGGCGUCAGCCAGCUGGCCCUCGACGCCGAGGCCGUCCGCAUGGCCUCCACGCGGGUGGUCUCCCCGGCCUCCGAGUGCCCGGGCGCCGCGGAUCUCCUGCUCCUGCUGGCCGACCGGUCGGUCCUGCUGCUGCCCUGCCAGGCCGGCGGCCACACCUCGGGCCCGGCCAUGGCCGGGCCCCUGCCGGCCGGGGCCUCCACCGAGGGGCGCUUCCUGGCCCCGCCGGCGCCCUCCCUGCACGAGGCCACCGGGCACUUCUACUUCAUGGAGCCCGCGCCCGAGGGCGGCCUGGCCGGGCUGUGGCACGCGGCCCCCCGGCAGCCCGGCCAGGGGUUCCUCUGGCGCCGGGUCAUCCUGCCGGAGGCGGCCCUCUCGGCGACCGUGGGCUCGCUGCAGCUGGCCCGGCUGCGCACCCUGCCCGAGCCGCACCCCGGCCAGUGGACCCUGGUGGCCGAUGGCCAGCUGGUCCUCUUCGACACCGAGGCCUUCGGCUGUGCCACCGACCCGAGCAUCGUCUGUGACGGGCCGACCGAGAGCACCGGCUCCAGGCAUGGCUGGGCGUGCGCUCCGGGGCGCGCCCGGUCGCCCUUCCUCUCGGCCGACCAGCUGUGCGCCGGGUGCGCCGACGGCUUCUUCCUGGACCGGCCGGCCGAUGAGCCGCCCUUCGCCGCCCCGUCGCAUGGCUGCCUGCCCUGCCCGCAGGAAAACUGCACGACCUGCACCGCCGAGCACUGCCUCGUGUGCGCGCAGGGCUUCUUGCCGGAGCCCAGCGGCCCCGGCGGCAGGACAGCCUGCGUGCCGGGCUGCUCGGCCGGCUUCGCCGAACACCCCGGCGCCUGCCUGCCCGAUGCCUUCUCCCCGCCGGCGGCCACCUUCACCCUCCCCGAGUGGGAGACCUUCCCCGGGCUGCCGACCGGCACCAUCGUCACCGGCCUCGGGGAGACCCACCUGAUGGUGGCCCCCGACAGUGGGGACCUGUUCAUCCCGGCCCCGGACGCCUCGGCCACCUCGGCCGCCUCGGCCACCUCGCCGGCCCCCGGCACCCGGGUCCUGCUCUUCACCGACCUGGGCGAGACGCUGCUGCUGCCGGCGGCCGACAUCGCCCGGCCCGGCGCCCCGGCCCCGGUCGAGGUGGGCCUCCUGGCCCCGGGCCCGGGGGAGCCGGUGGUGGCCAUGGCCGAGGCCGGGCCCUUCCGGCAUGCCGGCCGCCUGGCCCUGGGCCUGGUCCUGUGCGACCGCCUGGGCCGGGCCUUCGAGGUGUGGCCCGGCUGCCCGGAUGCCGGCGGGCCCGGCUGCAGCCUGGCCAGCCCGCCGCCCCGGCGGGACCUGGCCCCGGGCCAGUGCCUCGGUGUCCGGCGCCUGGACCGGGGGCAUGUGCUCCUGGUGACGCGCGACGACCAGGGCAUCCUCCUGCGGGCCGACCCGGCGGCCGGGCAAUUCGUCGGCCUCGGCUCGCGGGUCCUCGGCAUGGCCACCCUGCCCGGGGGCCCGGUGCCGGCCCGGUCCUUCCUGUCGGGCCCGGGGUCCGGCACGUGGGAGGUGCUUUCUGCCAGCCACUCCGGGGUGUCGCUGCUGCCGGGGGCCCUGCCCGUGGGGGACUCCCGGCGGGAGGCCCUGCUCGGGCUCCUGGCCCCGGCCGCGGCCCCCAUGGGCCCCUCGGUGCCGGUGCUGCUGGACACCGGCUUCGGCGGCGCGCCGGCCGGCCAGUGGCCCCCCCUGCCGGAGCUGGUGCUCGUCCACACCGCCGGGCCCAGCCUCCAGGUGUCCCGGGCCCCGGGGGACAUGCUGCCGGCCGGCCGGUCCAUGGGGGUCCCCUCGGCCGGGCAGACGCUGGGCCCGAUGCCCGGGCCGGUGGCCGACACGCCCGGCGGCCCGGGGCUCCUGGUCCAGCCGGUGUCGCUGCCCUGGCAGCAGCCGCACUACCCGGCCGGGCUGCUGCUCCUGGGCCGGACCUUCUUCGCCCUGGUGCCGCUCUACUGCCCGGCCCCGCCGGGGGGGCCGUGCGUCUUCCUCCGGCCGACGGUGCUGCCCCUGUCGGCCCCGAUGCAUGUGCCGGACAGCGCGCCCAACUGGCAGCCGGCCAUCAUCCGGGCCCCCUCGGCCCCGGGGCACGUCCUGACCAUGGUCACCUUCGCCGAGGCCGUCGGCCCGAUCAGCGUCUCCCUGCAGGUGGCCUGCCCGGCCGGGGCAUUUGGCCUUGCCUGCGAGCCCUGCCACGGGGCCUGCCGCGAGUGCACCGGCCCCGGGCCCGGGGACUGCACCGCCUGCACGCUGGCCCUGGCCUCGGCGCCGGACGAGUGCAUGGCCGCCUGCCCGGCCGGGCUGCUGGCCGACCUCGACGCCGGCCGGUGCACCUGCGACACCGGGUGCCUCGACUGCGAGGCGGACCCCCACCCGGCCGGCGCCGGGGGCUACCGGUGCACCGAAUGCUCGGCCGGGUAUUUGUUGGUCGACGACCCGGCCCAGCCCGGGCACUGCCUGCCCUGUGACCGAGCCUGCGCCGGGUGCACGGCCGCCGGCGACCCGGCCGCCUGCACGGCCUGCGCCGCCGGCUGGCUGCUCCACGCCGGGGCAUGUGUGGAUGUCUGUCCGGCCGGGCACUGGCCGGACCCGGGGUCGGCCCGGUGCGCUCCCUGCCUGGCCGAGUGCGCGACCUGCAGCGGGCCGGACAGCUGCACCGGCUGCCCGGCCGGGCACCAUGUCGGGCCGGACGGCCUGUGCCACCGGUGCGACCUGUCCUGCGCCGAGUGCCAGCAGGCCGGCAGCUGCACCGUCUGCCAGCCGGGGCUGGUGUUCCUCCAAGCCAAUGCCCAAGUCCCGUCGCUGUGUGGCCCGACCUGCCUGCCGGGGCAAUUCGCCGGGGCCACCCGGUGCACCGCCUGCCACCGGUCGUGCGCCCUCUGCACCGGCGAGGCCACCCGGUGCCAGGUGUGCGCCGUGGAGUAUGGCUGGGCCUCGGCGCCGGCGCCGGCCCCCGGGCCCCCGGCGGCCCCGUGCCUGCUCUGCGAGAUGGGCUGCACCUCCUGCCUGGCCGGCCGGUGUCUCACCUGCGAGGAGAGCCUCUUCCUGACGCCGGAGCACGAGUGCUGGGCCUUCUGCAUGCCGGGGUUCUACCCGAAUGGGGAGUCCUGCCAGCCGUGCGACCCGAGCUGCGGCGAGUGCCGGGGCCCCGGCCUGGACGAGUGCCUCUCCUGCCCGAUGGACCUGCUCUUCCAGGAGUCCCUCUACCCGCUGGGGACGUGCCAGUCCGGCUGCCCGGACGGGUACUUCCUCCAGGCCGACUCGCAAGAGUGCCUGCCCUGCCAUGCGGCCUGCUCCCGGUGCAAUGGGCCCUCCGAGGGGGACUGCUGGCAAUGCCGGGGGGAUGCCCUGCUGCAGGGGACCCAUUGCGUGCAGGCCUGCGCCCCGGGGCAUGUGGCCGUCGGCGACCGGUGCCUCCCCUGCCAUGCCUCCUGCGCCGAGUGCACCGGGGUCUGGGCGAGCGAGUGCACCGCCUGCUCGGCGGGGCUGCUGCCCCUGCCGGCCGGCGGCCGGCCCGACCGGUGUGUGGCCGGCUGCCCGGUGGGCUACCACACCGGCCCGGAUGGCUGCACCCGGUGCUCGGAUGACCAGUGCGCCAGCUGCCCGGGCGAGGCGGCCGCCUGCGGGCUGUGCACCGGCUCCUGGCUGCUGGCCGGGCAGGCCUGCCUGCCGACCUGCCCGGCGGACUCCCUGCCCCAGGGCAAUGUGUGCACCGUGUGCCAUGACUCCUGCGAGGCUUGCUACGGCCCCGGGCCGGGCCACUGCCUGUCCUGCAGCGCGGCCUUCCCGCUGAUGGUGGAGGGCCACUGCCGGGACGCCUGCCCGGCCGGGACCUUCCCGGAUGCCGGGACCUGCCUGCCCUGCCAUGGGCUCUGCUCGACCUGCCACGGCCCGGAGCCCGGCCACUGCGCCACCUGCCCGGCCGGCGGCCUGCUCCACGGGGGGUUCUGCCUGGCCGAGUGCCCGGCCGCCUUCUUCCCCCAGGCCGGGGCGUGCCACCCCUGCCAGGCAUCCUGCGCCACGUGCGACAACCGGACCACCUGCGCCACCUGCCCCGAGGGGGAGCUCCUCCAGCCCGGGGGCACAUGCGCCAAGACCUGCCCGGCGGGCUGGCAUGGCUGCGCCCCGGACCCCCGGUGCCGGGCCUGCCCGGAGGGCUGCGCGGCAUGUCGGUCGGUCGGCGGCACCUGCCAGCCGGAGUGCACCGCCUGCUCCGGCGGGCUGCUCCUGUCGGCCGGCCAGUGUGUGGCCCAGUGCGCCGGGGAUGAGUAUGUCGUGGCCGGGACCGGCACGUGCGCCGCCUGCAGCGCCGCCUGCCGGACCUGCCUCGCGGCGGCCGACAAGUGCACCUCCUGCCCGGCCGGCCGGCUGCUCCACCCCCCGGCCGGGGCCUGCCUGGAUGUGUGUCCGCCGGGCUCGGCCCCGGCCGGGGGGACCUGCCUCGCGUGUGUCGCCGGCUGCGACCGGUGCGAGGCCGGCCCCGGCCAGGAGGGCUGCGAUCCCAGCCGCGAGGGGUUCCUCUCGUGCCCGGAGAUCGCCGGGUGCCUGCGCUGCGCCGGGGGCCUGCUGCUGCUGAAUGGGGCCGCCUGUGUGGACCGCUGCCCGGGGGGCUUCUUCGCGGACGCCCGGGCGCCGGCCGGCCCGAUGUGCCGGGCCUGCGACCCGGCAUGCGCCGCCUGCUCCGGGCCCGGGCCGGAUGGCUGCCUGGCCCCGCCGGGGUCGCGGGCGUCGCGCAUCGGCCUGGCCGUCGGCCUGUCCAUGGGCCUGCUGAUCUUGCUGAUCCUGCUGCUGCUGCUGGUGCUGCUGUGCGUCCGCCGGCGCCACAAGGCCCACCCGGUGGCCAAGGCCGCGGCCGACGCCGAGGACGCCACCAUGCUGAGCACCCUCCUGGAGCUGGUGGCCCUGCCCGGGGCCCUGGUGGUGGCGGCCGACGUGGACUUCCGGCCGCUGGAGGAGGAGGAGGAGGAGGAGGCGGCCCCCCCGGGCGCCGGGGGCCCGGCCAGUGUGUACUCGGCGCAGGCCGUCAGCCCGGCCGUGGCCGAGCGGCUGGCCUGCCCGGCCGUGGUGGCCAUCAAGAAGCCCAAGUCCCACCCGAUGCCGCCCACGCAGCAGGCCCUCUUCCACAAUGAGGUCGCCCUGAUGUGGCAGCUGCGCGGGCAUGGCAACAUCGUCCGGCUCUUCGGCUACAGCCACAGCCCGCCGGCCAUCGUGAUGGAGCGCUUCGACAGCGACCUGCUGACCCUGCUCCGGUCCGGGGUGCCCCUGUCGCCGGUGCACCUGGCCGACAUCAUCCACCAGUGGGCCACCGGGCUGGAGGCCAUGCACGCCAGCGGCCUGGCCCAUGGCGACCUGAGCCCGGCCAAUGUCCUGGUCAGCCAGGGCCAUGAUGGGGCCUGGCGCGCGGCCCUCGGCCACCUGGGGGCCAGCCGCAACUUCGCGCCCGACCGGCCCUCGGCCCUCCUCGACACCAUGCCGCCCGACCUGCAUGCCCUGACCGUGUGCUAUGCCGGGCCCGAGGUCAUCGCCGCCUUCCACCAGGGCGCCCCCCUGGAGCCGGGGCUCCGUCCGCCGGCCGACAUCUAUGCCGCGGCGGUCAUGCUCAAUGAGUGCAUCGCCCGGGCGGCCCCCUGGCCGGGCAUGGGCCUGCCGGGGGUCAUGGCCGCCGUGCUGGCCGGCCAGCGCCCCGGCACCGACGCCCUGCCCCUGGCCGGGCCCUUCGCCGAGGCCCGGCACCUGAUCGCCGAGGCCUGGCACGCGGAGGCCUCUCGCCGGCCGGAUGCCGGGGUCUUCCGCCAGCGGUGCGCCGCCCUGCACGUGGCGGCCGGCGGCCCGGCCACGCCGCCCUGA